UAGACGAAAUGGUGCAAUGACUAUAUUCUCCGGGCCAAUUCGGGCCUGCCAGGAGUAAUUUAUCGCCUUUCUAGUGUAUUGCUCUGUUGAAGAAUAUCAACAAAGUCAACAGGGACACCAUUACUUCCUUUGAUUAAUGUACCGCGGUUUCCUGUCUAGGCAAUCAGUUAAAGGGUCUGGACUGGUCCUGUUGUGGUCAAUAUGAUCAGCCGUUUUCAUUCAUUGUUUUAAUUUUGAACCAAUGCAAGCUGAAUCAUGAGCAUUUUUGGAAGGCUUGCUGGGAUCAGGACAGUUGCACCUGUCAUCUGUAGUUCUCAGCCAAGGAGGUGUAAGGUGGUGGAUGUGAAGGAUGUGGUGCAGUGGAAAUUUGUGGAGAAGCCCUCUCCACACACAGCCAGCUACUCCGGAGACCUGGGUAUCAAUGAACCAGUUGACCUGACACAGCCACAGUUUGCUGUGAAACCUGCUCUAGAUGUCCUCAACAGGAGUGACGAAGUCACCCAAAGAGUACUGUCUUUGGAGUUUGCCCGUGGAGUCGAGAAGACCAAGUAUCUGGAGGAAAGGGCUGUGGCUCGUAUACAGAGGCACCGCUUCGACACGGAGUCUCCGGAGGCGAAAAUCGCCCGGCUGACGGUGAAGAUCCGGGAGUUCCAGCGUCGGCUGAUGACACCGGAGGGCGCCAAGGAGGGCGGCCCCAUGCGCCGUCACGUGCACAACAUGACGUGGAGGCGGAGUGGUCUGCUGCGCCAGCUGCGCGCCGCCGACUACCGCCGCUUCGAGUGGGUGCUGGACCAGGUGGAGGUCAUCUACCGGCCGCCGCUGCCACCCGGGACCGACACCACGCUGACCCGCAAGUCAGGUAUCCGGCGCAUGGUCAAGAUCUUCUGCGAUAACAUCCGCCAGGAGAAGCUGGACAGCCUGCGCCGCCAGGCUGGACGCCGAGAAGCCGGCGUUCGAGCGCGAACGCCGCGCCGCCGUCGAGUGGAUCGCGGAGGAGGAGCGCGCGCUGGGCCUGCCACCUAGCGUCGACCUGGAGGGCGGCCGGCUGCUGGAGCCGCGCCUGCAGAAGCGGGUGGUGGUGCCGCCGCGGAGGGGGGCGGCUUCCGCCUGAGUCCGGCGCCGCGCCCAGUGUACAGCGAGCGUCGUGUUGGUAAUACAGGUCAAGUUUGUGUGAGUG